AUGUCAGAUUUUCAAGGUUCGGCAGACAUGCAAGACGGACAUAGAAAAACGCUGCAAUUGCCAGACAUUGAAGACAAAGCCGUGAAAGAAGAACAGGAAUUGACGUAUCCCCAACAACCAGAGGAGAAUCAAUUAAUGGAACUGGAAUCUCAACUAGAUCAACAAGGUCAGUUAGACCAACAAAGUUCAGCAGGCUUACAGUUGCCAGAAAACGAAAAGUCAGAACAGCAACUGAAAUUAGAUACAAUCUCCCAACACAAUGUUGGACAAGACACACAAGAUUUGCAAGAGGAGGAGAAUGCUCAAAAGCAAGAUGAACAAGAGCACAAUGAUCAGCAACCACCUGCCGCAUCGCAGUUAGAUGCACAAGAGGAGGAGAGUAACCCUAUACUAGCAGAGUUUAUGUCAGCAUGUCAGGAGGGACACUUGGACCGUGUCAAAGAACUCAUCUCCUCUGGACAAGUCCAAGCUAGUGACACGUUCAGCCUGAGAGUAACUGGCUUGCACUGGGCCGCCAUCAACAACCGCCUUUCUGUGGUGAAGUAUUUGGUUGAGAAUGAUCAUUCGAAAGCGGACCCAAAUGCUCGUGGCGGAAAUCUCGAUGCUACACCAUUGCACUGGGCAUGCCGGAACGGAUUGGUCUACGUGGUGGAUUAUCUUCUUUCUUCUACAGACGCAGAUCCCACACUCAAGGACUCGCAGAAUUAUAACGCUCUUCAUUUAGCUGUGCAUAGCUCCAACAUCACGCUAGUUGUGUAUGUGAUUUUGGUAUGCGUGUUCAACAGACCCAAAAAAAUCUAUAUCGACGAGCCGGACAGCAUCCAGUGCACACCUUUGCACUGGGCUGCGUACCAGGGUGAUAUCCUUUCGGUUAAUGCAUUGCUCCGGUACGGUGCUGAUGUCAAUAAAUGCGACAAGUCUCAAAUGACUCCCCUUCAUUGGGCAUUCAUUCGAGGCUACAAGUCAGUAUUGGCUGCGCUAUUAGAUGCGGGUGCUGAUAUUCACGUCAAAAACGACAAAGGGAAAGACUCUUUUGGUGUGGCACGCGAUAUGAACUGCGAAUCGACUUGGCUUCAGGUUCUCCGUGAAGCAGACCGAGACCCAAAGAACAAUUGGGAGCCGAGAAAACACGUUAUUUCAGCAAAAACAGGCAAGUUGGUGACAUUUUUCACGCCGUAUUAUGUUCUUCCUGUUGCAUUGAACUUGUGUUCAUUCAGCAGCGGUGGUGCUCCAGCCAAGUUUGUGUCUGUGACUGUCUUUGUGAUAAUCUCGGGAAUAGCACUUCUGAAACUUGUCGUUCCCAUGUACAUGCCACAGGAACGACUGAUGUUCAAAACGCCAAUCAUGGCUGGUCUAUUUUCAGCUACAGCUUUCUGGUGCGUUGCUGCCUGGCUUUUCUCAAUUUUACCCAUGGUGUGGAAGUCGCAGUUUCUCUCUUCCGUGGUUCUCUUGUUGUCUAUUGCUGUUUUCAGUUAUUGUUUCUUCAAAGCCAUGUUUAUCAACCCAGGAUACGUGCCUAUUCCAUCUGAUUCUUCUGCGGUCCUAGAGCAAGUUAAGGAUCUUCUUCGUAUUGGAAAAUUCGAUACCGAGAAUUUCUGUGUCAAUACAUUUAUUCGCAAACCAUUGCGCUCCAAAUUCUCCAAAGUCAGUAACCGUUUGAUUGCACGUUUCGACCAUUACUGUCCAUGGGUUUACAAUGACAUUGGGGUACGCAACCACAAACUUUUCGUCACAUAUGUAUAUUCGUUGGUACUUGCGAUUAUUCUAUUUUCUCUUCUGGCCAUGAAGUACUUCGAAAAAUACGCAGAGCUGCUAGGCUACGAAAGUGAAGAUGAGGGCUCCUCCUGUGGCAUCCUUUCGGAUGAAUUGUGUAUGGGAUACAAGCAUAACCAUUUUGUGUUUGCAUUGCUCAUGUGGGCUUUGUUUCAAUUAAUUUGGCUUGGAUUUCUUGCCAUUGUACAAACAUUUCAAAUCAUGAAGGGUCUCACCACCUGGGAAUUCAACUCCAUUAACAACACGAUCUCCAAUCCUACGCUUAACCACUCAACUGUUCCUAGAGAUUUCGAUGGCCCUAUUCCAACUGCGGGCGUCACAAAUGGUGGUCGCCAUAACCACAGGAACGGCUUUAGCACAUUGCUUAAAUUGUUCGGCUUGGAUCAAUUCAUUAUAGCAAUUAAAAUGGCUAUUCUAUCCCUUUUUAAUCGCACUACUCAUAGCCAGAACUACACUACGCUUGACAAUCUUGAUAUACCGACCGAC